GCGGUGACGACGCUGCACCGCAGCCAGGUAGCGGGCAUGCAGGCAACGCGCCGCAUGUUCUCAGACGCACCGGCAUCGAGUACACGUGCUGACAAAUUUGGGCCUAUCACAUGGAGUGGACUCGCUCUGGCGGGCAUUGUGGGCAGUGGCGCUGUGUAUUACUACUACUCGGAGAAGGAUCGACUGCAGACCCAAUCCACGUCUAAGGUGACGUCUGUGGGCAAGCCAUUACUGGGAGGACCGUGGACUCUCGUGGAUUGCGAUACGAGGCGUGCAGUGACGGACGCGUCGUUCCGCGGCAAGUACUCGCUGUUGUACUUUGGCUUCACGCACUGCCCCGACAUCUGCCCGAAUGAGUUGGUGCGCAUCGGCGAUGUGCUGGACACGUUGGAGGCUGAGAACUGUCCGGAGGUUGUGCCGCUGUUUGUGACGGUGGACCCCAAGCGAGACACAAUCGCACAGAUGCAGGCCUACAAGGCGGACUUCCACCCCAAGUUCAAGAUGCUCACAGGCACCCGCGAUCAGGUGGCCGACAUCACGAAGGCCUACCGCGUCUACUUCUCCAAGGCCGAUGAAAACGAAGAUGACGACGACGAUUACCUGGUGGACCACUCCAUCGUCAUGUACCUUGUCGGCCCCGAUGGCGAAUUCCUCGACUUCUUUACGCAGGCUGCCCGCGUGGAUGACAUCGCUGCAAAGAUUAAAACGUAUUUUAAGGCGUAGAAUUU